CGCAGCCGCAUCGCCACCGCAGCCCCGGCCCCGCCGACGGAGGCCCCGGCCCCGGCCCCUGCCCGGCCCUCCCUCGCAGCCCCGGCGCCCCCCCGGCGCCCCCAGACCCGGCCUCUGGCACCCAGGCAGGGGGCAGGAGCGGCAGGAGCCCGAGCCGGAGGACGAGGAGGAGGAGGAGCCGCCGUCGCAGGAUGAAGGAUCGGACUCAGGAGCUGCGGAGUGCAAAAGACAGCGAUGAUGAGGAAGAAGUGGUCCACGUGGAUAGGGACCACUUUAUGGAUGAGUUCUUCGAGCAGGUGGAAGAGAUCCGAGGCUGUAUUGAAAAGCUGUCAGAGGAUGUGGAGCAGGUGAAAAAACAGCACAGUGCCAUCCUGGCCGCCCCCAACCCUGACGAGAAGACCAAGCAAGAGCUGGAGGACCUUACUGCAGACAUCAAGAAGACGGCCAACAAGGUUCGGUCCAAGUUGAAAGCGAUCGAGCAGAGCAUUGAGCAGGAGGAAGGGCUGAAUCGCUCCUCUGCAGACCUGAGGAUCCGCAAAACCCAGCACUCCACCCUCUCACGGAAGUUCGUGGAAGUAAUGACUGAAUAUAAUGCAACGCAGUCCAAGUAUCGGGACCGCUGCAAGGACCGGAUCCAGAGGCAGCUGGAGAUCACCGGCAGGACCACGACCAAUGAGGAGCUGGAAGACAUGCUAGAGAGUGGCAAGCUGGCCAUCUUUACCGACGAUAUCAAAAUGGACUCUCAGAUGACAAAGCAGGCACUGAAUGAGAUCGAGACGAGGCACAAUGAGAUCAUUAAACUGGAAACCAGCAUCCGAGAGCUGCACGACAUGUUUGUGGACAUGGCCAUGCUUGUGGAGAGCCAGGGUGAGAUGAUUGACCGCAUCGAGUACAACGUGGAACAUUCUGUGGACUAUGUGGAACGAGCUGUGUCUGACACCAAGAAAGCUGUGAAAUAUCAGAGCAAGGCCCGGAGGAAGAAAAUCAUGAUCAUCAUUUGCUGUGUGGUGCUGGGGGUGGUCUUGGCGUCAUCCAUUGGGGGGACGCUGGGCUUAUAGGCCCCCACCCCUUUUCUUCCCAGAUCCCUCCCCCCUACAUUGGGAGCAAUACCCCCACCAUCCUUUCACUCCAUCCCUUGCUCCAGGCUCAUCCCUAAGACAGAUCCAGGCAGUCCUCUGUGACCCUAAGUCAGACCCUGGCAUCCCUGGCCUCACCUUGCCAUGGACCCACUACCCAACCCCGCACGUAGAUAGCAGCAGGCGUGAUUCCACAUGCACACCAACAUGCAUGCCGCCGGCACAUGCUUGAGACGUGUGGACACCCCAGCGUGUGUGUACAUGUGUAGACAUGUGUGUAGAAGCACCCAGUCACCUGCCUCCUGCUCCACCCAAGUCUGUGUUGUCUGAGCUUUCCCUGUCACUGGGAUUAUUCUGUAGACUCUGCACUGGGCCCUGUUGUUUUCUGUGAUAGGUGUGUGUGUGUGUGUGUGUGUGUGUGUGUGUGUGUGUGUGUAUGGCCAUGGAAUGCUAUGUUUUGAGUCAAACACAGCCACACUUUAGCCUCAGACCCCUUUUCUCCUUGUCUGCUAUACAGUGGUAUGUGUGUAUGUUUGUUUG